CUCUCCGCUCACUCCCCACCGUAUUCCACAGCCUCCCUCUCCUCUGUCCCCCCUUUUGUGUAGCUGUACCCGAAUAAAUUAGCAACCCAAAUCGGUGACGGGAGGAGGAGAGUAGGGGGGGGCUGGGCCUUGUGGCGGAGGAGUCGGCUUUCAGUCGGUGAGGUGCACUGUGCCCUGAAGCGGCUCUGUCUCAACACAUCUACACCCACACACACAGCGUGUCUGAGUGACUGGAUGCUGAGAGAGAGGAGAGAAGAGAAACGUUUAAGAUCGACGAGAGACCGUUCAGACCACUGCAGGGCCACAGACGGCUCCUUUCUUCUGCAGACAGCAAAGAAACCGUAGAGCUUCCCAGCUGAUCCAAACGCGCUCACCUGACACGGGAACGGAGACGCGAAAAGACCCUUCACCGGAGGAGCAACCCAGCCUAUAGCGGUCUACCGGAUUAGAAAAUCUGUGGAAUUGGCUCUACUGUCAUUUUUGUGGAUAUUAUGUAAAAAAAACAAAACAAACAAAAAAAAAAAAAAAAAAGCCCAGUCCAGCUGGCUAGCACGGCUCCAUUCAAGAUUUUGUCCUGGUGGAUUGUCGGGGGGGGGGGUGGGAUUGGAAUCCCGUUUGCAUACUAAUCAGUUUUGGAGGGGAUAUCCAGAGCGCACAUCCAGAGCUGCGGAGUGGGUCAGAUGAAUGUGUAGCAGAACCCAGCCAUGCCGAUAACAAGUAAAGGGUCAAGACGGAGGGCUUGGGUCAGUGGACCCUGUGUGUGUUCAAGUCUCUGCCAAUGGAAGCCACUCUUUUAUUUCUGCAUCGUCCUUGUUCUUGUCCAGUCUACAACUGUCCUUGGAGCACUGGAACUCCAGCUGGAUGAAGAGCAGCCAGAAGGGACCAUUGUUGGUGACAUCAGUGCUGGGUUACCGCCUGGUGAAAUUGCAAAUCUUUACUUCAUCUCGGACCAUGAGGGCACAGGCGUUGGCAGUGAUCUCAACAUUGACGAAACCACGGGCAUUAUUACCACGGCACGCCGUCUGGACCGUGAGCAGAGGGACCACUAUAGUUUUAUUGCCGUGACAAUGCGGGGAGUCACUAUUGAGGUAUCUAUCACUGUCAACGACAUCAACGACCAUGCACCUGUGUUCCCCAAAAAGAAAGCUGUUCUUAAGAUCCCCGAGCACACAGCAGUGGGGACAAGGUUUACCCUGGAGCCUGCAACAGAUGCAGACAAGGACCAGUUGACGACCCAAGGCUACACUAUUCGAGAGGGCAAUGUAGGACAGGCAUUCAGAUUAGAGACCAAGAGAGCUGCUAACAAGGUGCUGUAUCUAGACCUGGUGGUUAAUGGACUGCUGGACAGGGAGAAACGCUCAUCGUACACCCUGGUCCUGGAGGCCUUUGAUGGGGGCUCACCCAGAAGGAUUGGAUCCAUGACCCUGGAAGUGACUGUGACCGACAUCAAUGAUCACGCACCGGUCUUCAAUCAGAGCAGAUACCAUGCUAUUAUCUCUGAAAGUCUCCCACAAGGCAGUAGCAUCCUACAGGUGUUUGCAACAGAUGAGGAUGAGGGCGAUAAUGGUCUGGUCCUUUAUGAAAUCAACCGACGUCAGAGUGACCCUGACCGCUACUUUGUCAUGGAUACAAAGUCCGGGGUCAUCACUCUGAACAGGCCCCUGGAUUAUGAACUGAAGAGGGUGCAUGAACUGGUGGUCCAGGCCAGGGAUAACGCCAGCCACCCUGAGGUAACCAAUGCGUUUGUGACCAUUCAUGUACGUGACUACAAUGACAACCAGCCCACCAUGACCAUCAUCUUCCUGAGUGAGGACGGCUCUCCCAGGAUCUCCGAAGGGGCACAACCAGGCCAGUACGUAGCUCGGAUAUCUGUCACUGACCCAGACUAUGGAGAGUACGCCAACGUGAACGUGUCCCUCGAGGGGGGUGAUGGGAAGUUUGCUCUCACAACCAAGGACAGCAUCAUCUACCUGAUAUACGUUGACCAGGUCUUGGACAGAGAGGAACGGGAUUCGUAUGACCUCAGGGUUAUGGCCACAGACUCCGGCACGCCUCCUCUCAGGGCGGAGUCAUCUUUCACCAUUCAGGUGACUGAUGUCAAUGACAACCCCCCUCUGUUCGACCAGCAGGCCUACAGACAGACUAUUCCUGAGGUUGUCUAUCCUGGCUCCUUUGUUCUCCAGGUUACUGCCAGGGACAAGGACCAGGGCCCCAAUGGGGACGUCCGAUAUAGCCUCCUCAAAGGCAAAAACACUCACUCUGAUUGGUUUUCCAUCGACCCGGUCACGGGGAUCAUUACCACAGCGACAGCUCUGGAUUUCGAAUCAGAGCCGGCACCUAGUGUGACUGUUGUUGCGACGGAUAGCGGCCGCCCGCCACUGUCAUCUACAGCAAAGGUGGACAUUGUGCUGCAGGAUGUUAACGAUAAUACACCUGUGUUCUCCAGCAACUUCUACAAUGCCUCCAUCAAGGAGAACACCCCAGCUGGGACCUGCUUCUUAGAGGUGUCAGCCACAGAUGAGGAUCGUGGUUCCUUUGGUGCUAUAUCCUACACCCUGGGUUCUGGCUCUGGAAACGCAGUACCAACCCACUUUACCAUAGACAAGGAGACAGGCCAGCUUUGCACCCGCACAGCUCUGGACCGGGAUGAGGGAUUGGACAAGUUUGACCUGACGGUCACUGCAAUGGAUGGCGGUGGUCUGAGCUCAGUAGCCCAUGUGCGGGUCUCGGUGGUGGACAUCAAUGACAACCGGCCCACCUUCUAUCCAGUCCUCUACACAGUUAGUCUCAGUUCCCAUAGUGCCCCGGGAACCUCCGUCGUCAAGGUAACAGCAAAUGACCCUGAUGCUGGGGAAAAUGGCCGGGUGACCUACCGCACGCUACCUGGAGGAGCCUCUGCUUUCUUCACUCUCAACAAGGACACAGGUGUGAUUUCUCUCUCCCGCUCACUCCAUGGCAAAGCCAACACAGUAAUCUCCAUGGUGAUAUCAGCCGAGGACGGCGGUGGUCUGACAGCGCCGGUUAAUGCCAGGGUAAACGUGAGUGUGGUGGGAGGUUCAGUGGCGUCUCCCGUGUUUGAACAGGCCCAGUAUUUCUUUACUGUGUCCGAGGAUGUUCUUAGGGGGACAGCAGUGGGAGUGGUCCGUGCUGCUGCCAAGACAGGUGUUUCUAAGGAUAUCUUCUACUCCAUUUCCUCCGGAGACCCUGAUGGUUACUUCACAGUGGACAGUGCCUCUGGUACCAUUCGCACUGCCCUUCCUCUGGACCAUGAAACCUGCUCCAGUCUUGACCUGGAGAUCCAGGCACGCUCUGGCUCUCCUCCAGCAUUUGGAACCAGUCGCGUACGAAUAACCAUAUCAGACGUCAAUGACAACGCCCCCACCUUCCUCCCCUCUUCAUCAGAGUCCCUCCUUUUACCUGAGAUCACCAAAAUGGGGACUGUUAUCUACACCAUUCAGGCCACUGACAAGGACUCUGGUCAUAACGGUCAGCUCAGCUUUGACCUGGUCUCUGCUGGGGCUGCAGGCAGCAGUGGCCAGAGGACGUUUGGUGUUGACCGGGGCAGCGGGGAGGUACGUCUGAUUGGGAGUCUGUCAUACGAAAGUGUUCCACGCUAUGACCUUCAAGUGGUUGCCAAGGAUGGCGGAGCGCCUCAGCUUAGCUCCACCUUCACCCUGGUGGUCCACAUCCAAGCGCAAGAUGCACAAGGCCCCAACUUUGACACCCUGACCUACCGCGUGGAGCUACGGGAAAACACACCUCUCAACACACGUUUCCUCCAGGUUCGAGCGCUCAACAGAGAGGCUUCUGGGAAUGGCGGAAGCUCCUCCUCAUCGUCAUCCUUCUCUAUUUCUUACCGCCUUAGGCCUGACGGUGACGCUGCCGGUUUUGGCAUCAUGCCAGAUAGUGGUUGGCUGUUUGUUCGAAGCUCUCUGGACCGAGAGGUCAAAGACAUGUACCUGUUGACCGUCCUGGCCACUUCAGGUCCAGGAGGAGUGGGGAGAACUGGCAGUGCCACAGUCAGGGUGACGGUAACCGACGAGAAUGACAAUUCCCCAAGACUGACCCAGGAGAGGGUGUUCCUGGCUGUCAGAGAGAAUCUGCUAGCGGGGACAGGCUUUGGCAGGGUGUCUGCAACGGACAGAGAUGCAGGACUAAAUGCUCGACUCACCUACAGGCUGCUGCACACUGACAGGCACUUUCAGAUUAAUGCACAAACAGGUGAGAUCAGCACCCGCCUCGCCCUGGACAGAGAGCAGCAGUCCAGCUACCAGCUUGUUGUGGUUGUACAGGACGGGGGUACACCUCCUCGCAGCGCCACCGGUACCGCUCAUAUCACUGUGCUGGAUGAAAACGACCACGCCCCCAGUUUCACUCAUGCCAGGCCAGACAGGGAGCUGCUCCUUCAGGUGAUGGAGGGGCUUCCAUCUGGGACAUUCCUAGGGACAGUGACAGCUAAAGACCCAGACGAGGGAGAGAAUGGGACCGUGUACUACUCUUUAUCAGGCCCCAGAGCAGAGCGCUUCUCCUUUAGUACCACCAGUGGCGAGCUGAGAACCGCUUCCCCUCUGAGAUGGGCGGAGCGAGCCGAGUAUGCCUUCACUGUGACUGCUGCUGACCACGGCACACCAGGCCUCAGCUCCACCUGCCAGCUACAGAUACAGGUUCUCAGCUCCUCCAGGUCCAACCCCAAGCCCAACAUGCUCUCCAUGACCCUGAACACAGUCGAAGGGGCUGCUCCGGGCUCCAUCAUUGGCUCUGUCCGCCCACAUGACCAGCAGGAAUCUGCUUUAUUGGAAGGCCAGGUGACAUACCUGGUAGUGGGGGGGGCAGACCGAGAUGGGACUUUCAUGGUGGACCGUUUAAAGGGCGACGUCUACCUGGUACGCGAGCUAGACUAUGAGAAGGGGUCAAGGUACACACUGCACAUCGAGGUGUCUGACUUCUCCCAGGCGUUUCCCAGCAGCCACCUGGUGCAGCUGGAUAUCAACGUGCAGGACAGCAAUGACCAUGCUCCCCAGUUCACAGAAGAUCCUGUUACCAUUGUGAUCCCAGAGAACACAGAGCCCGGGGCUUCCAUAUAUACCUUCCAGGCUUUGGAUCAGGAUGGCAGUGGACCCAACAGUGAGCUACGUUACUCCAUCGAGCAUUACUGGCCUGACACGCCUGACCUCCUGACCCUUGACCCCUCCAGCGGAGUGCUGACCCUGGGGCAGAAGUUAGAUCGUGAGGCAACACUGUCCCUCUACCUUGUGGUGUGGGCCACAGACCAGGCAACGGAUCCUUCUCAGAGACGCUGGGGUUCGGUCACUGCCCGAGUGUUUGUAACAGACGAAAACGAUAAUGCGCCGGUCUUCAGCUCUCCGUCUGCGGUCAGCGUCAUGGAGGAUCAGCCUGUAGGAUUUGUGAUUUUGUACGUGAUGGCUCGAGAUGAAGAUGAAGGAGAAAAUGGCAGAGUGUCAUACAGAAUCCAGGCAGGCAACAGCGCUGGUCGCUUCAGUCUGAACCCCAACACUGGCUCUCUCUCCAUCCUAAAAGCACUAGACCGGGAGGAGCAGGAAGUCUUCAAUCUGACCAUUGUAGCAGAGGAUCAUGGGAUACCUCAGCUUUCCACCUCUCAGGUGCUGUGUGUGCAGGUAAUUGAUGUGAACGAUGAAGCUCCGGUGUUCCAACGAGCGGAGUUUGAGACCCAGGUGAUGGAAAACCAAGGACCAGGAACCACAGUGUUGACAGUUACUGCCACUGACCGGGACCAAGGUUCUAAUGGCCAAGUGACAUAUGGAGGUGUGACAGAGGAAGGCUUCAUCAUCAACCCUGUGACAGGAGUCAUCACCACCACCAAGGAACUGGACACAGAGCUACAGAACCACUACACACUCACUGUGUAUGCCAGGGACGGAGGGCUGCCUCCUAACUUUGCCAAGGCUGUAGUCCGUGUGGAGGUGCAGGAUGUGAACGACAAUGCUCCGGUCUUUGCAAAGCCAUGGUACGGACUGGAGGUGCCGGAGAACCAGGUCCCUGUAGAGCUUUGCUUUCUCAAGGCCACAGACCCUGACUCAGGUCCUGGUGGAGAUCUGGAGUACAGGAUCACUGCUGGGGACCCUGAUGGAGAUUUCCACCUCCACACCAGCACAGGAGCCCUGUCUACCUCACGCGGCCUAGACAGGGAGACGAGGGCUAAAUAUACUCUGGAGGUGGUGGCCACGGACCGAGGCAGCCCUGCUCUCAGCACUACUGCAACAGUGGAAGUCAAAGUGCUGGAUGUCAAUGACAACAGCCCUGUCUUCAGCAGAAGUAGCUACUCUGUGGAAGUGUCAGAGGAUGCUGCAGAGGGGUCCCAAGUUUUGGAGGUGUCAGCCAUAGAUGCUGAUGAUGACCUGAAUGGGAAGGUUCUGUAUUUCCUUAGCCGAGAGGCACACGGAACGUUCACUGUGGAUGAGAACACUGGUGGUAUCACCACAUCAGCACCUCUGGACCGGGAGAAAUGGGUGUCAUACAGCUUCCAGGUGUUUGCUGUUGACCUUUCACCUGCUGCACCCAGGAACACCUCUGCUCAGGUGACAGUUACCGUCCUAGAUGUCAACGACAACACUCCCUUCUUCAUCCAGGAUCCCCUGGUCAUCGAAGUGUCCAGCAGGCAUUCGCAGCGGGUUCUAGCCACCAUGAAGGCAGAGGACAAGGACUUUGGAGCCAAUGGUUCUGUGUUUUACCGUUUUGCUAUGCCAGUGAAGGGCUUCAGCAUCAACUCCCUGACUGGGGAGAUCCAGGCUACCGAGCCACUGGGGGAUCUGACCCAGGCUCAGAGGACCCUGAUAGUGGAGGCAAUGGACCAGGGCAGUCCAGCUCAGUCUGCACAGGGAGUGGUGGUGAUUUACGUGAAGGAGGUGGAGUACAGCGGCAUUCGCUUCUCUAGGAAUGCCAGAGACGUUAGCAUACAGGAGAACGCUGAAAAAGGCACAGCUGUGGCUCAGGCUCAGGCUCAACACCCAGAUGGCACACGUAAGGGUAUCAGCUACAGCCUCUUCAGUGGGAACAGAAUGCAGGCCUUCACCAUCAGCUCCUCAACAGGUGAAAUCAGGGUGCAGAGCUCCAAGGGGUUGGACUUUGAAGACACCCCCAGACUCCGUCUAGUUGUGAAGGCGGAAACUUUGUCCUCGACUUCAUACAUGGCUAUCAACUUGAUCCUGCUGGAUGUCAAUGACAACCUUCCCCGCUUCCAGCUGCAAAAUUAUGUUGCCUACAUGAGAGAAGCGCAGGGAUAUGAAAUGCCAAUCAUACAGGUGAUGGCUGAGGAUGUGGAUCAGGGCCAAAAUGGUCAGGUGACCUACUCCAUCCAGUCAUCAGGCAUGAGCGGUCUGUUCAAGAUCGACCCGAUGACAGGAAGCAUCACCACAGCUGCCAUCAUGGACCGUGAGAUCUUUACCCAGACCAAGCUAGUAGUUACAGCAACCGAUAGAGGAAGUCCACGAUUGGCUGGUUCAGCCACAUUGACAGUGAUCAUUGUUGACCAGAAUGACAACAGUCCCACUAUUCCCUUGCCCCAGGAAGUCCGCAUCCCAGAGAAUAUGUUGAUUGGCACAGAGAUCACUCUUGUGACGGGUAACGAUGUUGACUCCAGUCCUGCCCUCUCCUACUCCUUGAAGUUGGACCCAACAGCCAUAGGCAAGUUUGGGAUUCACCGCUACAGUGGAGGUGUAUCACUCACUGCGCCUCUGGACUUUGAGGAGAAGACAUGGUACACCCUGACUGUCAGAGCCACAGACAGCCAGCACCAAACUGAGGCUAACAUUACAAUACUGGUGGAGGAUAUUAAUGACAAUUCACCUGCAUUCACCCAUGAUCUCUAUCAGGUGACUCUGCCUGAGCACACAGCGCCAGGAAGUGCAGUUGUCACAGUAACAGCAACUGACAGGGACUCUGGAGAGAAUGGAAAGAUUACCUACAGAGUGAUGUCUUCAACCCAGGAGGGUUUCUACAUUGACCCCAACAAUGGAACCCUAUUCAUCAAUCACAGAGCUGAGUUUGACCCUGAACGUCCGUCAGUCAGUAUUGUUAUUGAAGCUCGUGAUGGAGGAUUGCCUUCACUCUCCUCCCUCACCACUGUCCAGGUCCAAAUCUCUGAUGUCAAUGACAAUGCUCCUGUGUUUCACCAAUCAGAGUACAGGGCUACAGUUUCUGAGGAUACCAUCCCAGGGUCAACAGUUUUGACUUUUGAGGCCUUUGACAGCGACCUCUCUCGUGAAAACUGUGGCUUUGACUUUGCUAUUGCCAGUGGGAAUGAAGGAAAUUCAUUCCAGAUUGAAAGCAGUGUGCGGUUCCUGGAGGGGCGGGGCUUUCAGACAGUUGGUACUCUGCUGUUGGCUGAGGGGCUUGACUUUGAAACCAAGCCACUUUACAACCUCACUGUGGUGGUGUCAGAUCGUGGUGUUCCCCAGAGGAGUUCUAGUGUUGCUGCAGUGAUAACCAUUGGUGAUGUGAAUGAUAACCCUCCAGUGUUCAGCAGAGCAGAAUAUACUGUGUCAAUGAGUGAGGGAGCUGCCGCUGGGACUGAGAUCAUACGUCUGACUGCUACAGACCCAGACUCAACUCCCAAUGCUGAGGUCCAGUAUACCAUCAGCUCUGGUGAUGAGGUGAACUUAUUUACCAUGGACCAGUGGACUGGAGCCUUGCGGCUUCAGCGAACACUCGACCGUGAGCACCAGUCCACACAUAUUGUCAUCAUCCAGGCCACAGAUGGACAGGGUCACUUUGCGCUAGCUCCAGUCAUUGUUGAGGUCAAAGAUGUAAAUGACAAUCAUCCGUUCUUCCCUGUGGAAGUCCUGACAGCCAGUAUCAGAGAAAACCAACCAGCAAACUCAGCUGUGACGGUUCUACAUGCCAUAGACCAUGACACAGGGGUUUUUGGCCAACUGAAGUACCAUAUGGUGGAGCGGUCUGGGACGGGAAAAGAUAGCUUCGCUGUGGACCAGAACUCGGGAGAAAUCAGAAGCAAAAUUCCCUUUGACUUUGAGAAGAUCAACUCCUUUAACUUUGUAGCAGUGGCAGUAGAUUCAGGCAACCACUCAGCCACCGUAACUGUUCAAGUGUUUGUCACAGGUGAGGAUGAGUAUGACCCACUCUUCACAUCCUCUGAUUUCUCCUUUGAAGUCCCAGAGGGAGCUAAGAAAGGCCAGAGCAUUGGCCAGAUCCAGGCAAAUGAUGAGGAUGGAGGGGUGGAUGGUAUUGUUCUCUAUUCUCUUCCCACCAGCUCUCCGUACUUUGAUGUAAACAAAACCACAGGGGUGAUUUUCCUGAAGCUGGACGGUUCAGGCAGUAGUGGCAGCAGCGGCUCGGGUCGGACCAAACGGGAAAACAGGCUGAUGACCCUGGAUGUGAAAGCUCACAGUCCUCUAGAUGCAUCUCGCACUACUACAGCGCAGGUCUCCAUCGAUGUCACAAACACCAACUUUGGCCUGGCCUCCGAUGUCAACAUCCUGCUGAUUAGCAUCAUUGCCGUGUCACUUGGUUUUAUCAUAUUGCUUGUGGUCAUGGCAGUGGUGGUUUUCCUUGUCAAGUCACGCAGGAGGAAGAAAGCCCAGGAUGCAGGAAACAGAACUGUUGCCUCUGGAACUGCUCUGCAGAAAUUGGAUGAUUGCAACUCAGGACCAGGAGGGGAGAGGAUCUACCACCAGACUUUGCCAGGCUAUGCUGGAGAUCAGGGUGGGGCCGGUGGUGGUCCCUACACUAGAGGGGGCUCUCUGGAUCCUUCACACUCCAGUGGAAGAGGGUCAGCUGAGGCAGCAGAGGAUGAUGAGAUCAGGAUGAUAAACGAGUACCCCCGCGUCGCCUCCAUCACCUCGUCCAUGCAGGAGCACAUCGCAGCCAGAGGACCAGACUCUGGAAUUCAGCAGGACGCUGACCAGCUCUCUGAUAUCUCCUGUGAGCCUGCAGCUUUGGAGGGCAGCACCUGGUUCAAAGGAAAGAAACUGGGAGGUAGUCUCAGUGGGACCUUGCUCUCUGGCCAGCUGCCAGUCUAUAGGGACGAGGGAGGUGGGUACCUAGGAGUAGGCCGCGGCCUCAACAUUUCCCUCCCCAAGGAUUACGCCUUCCCUGAGGAUGGUAAACCUUCAGUGGAUGGGUCCCUCACAGCUAUCGUUGCCAGUGAUGAGGAGCUCCGUGGAAGCUAUAACUGGGAUUACCUGCUCAACUGGUGCCCUCAGUUCCAGCCUCUGGCUAAUGUCUUCACAGAGAUCGCCAGGCUGAAAGAUGAAACUGCCCAGCAGAGCCAGAACCCUCGCCAACCCUUCCAGCCCAAGCACAAAAUGGAUCCCAAACCUAGAAUUGACCCUCCACCACUUAUCACAUCAGUGGCCCACCCAGGGGCCAUGUCAGUUCCUCCCAAGGUCCCUGUGAUUGGACGGACAUUCCCCCACUUGGCCUCACUCCGCAGGUCCCCUAUCAGUCAUGAGGGAUCCAUUUCAUCAGCAGCAAUGUCCCCCAGCUUCUCCCCUUCUCUGUCCCCUCUGGCAGCUCGAUCUCCAGCUGUUUCUCCCUUUGGAGUCAACCAAGGGCCCUCAGCAUCGAUGAUCAGCACCAGGGAGCCCUCACUGGACCAGAGCCCUGAUCAUGAGAUGAGAAUAUGAUUGAAAACUAUUUAAGGAAGAACUUUAAGACAGACAACAUGCACAAAGCCUGAUAGAGCAUCCUUUUGGCUGUUCUUUUUCUUGGAACGAAAUAAAACAAGUGGAGAUGUCAGUUGUAAUGUCACUCUCAGAAACCACUGUUUUCAUCAUAAGAAUGAAGGUUUCACAAAUGUCCAGAUAGUGGCAUUUGUUUCAAGUGUCCAACCAUAUGAAUUUUGGACAAUAAACACACCCACAAAAACAUACUUAACCUUCUCCUGGUAGAAUAUUUGCAUUCUUUGAAAUACUUCCAUUGGUUGGCAGUGUUACAAGAGUACACAAAAGUGGAACAUGUGCCUGGGUUGACAGGACCAGCCCACCCUUCCAUGUCAACAGUGACGCAGGUCUCCAUGAACUGAUCAGGGUAAAGAGGUAAACUGACCUCUUCAUGGGAAUGUGCACUUACCAUGCCCUGCAGUCAGAGAUCCCUUAGUGUGUAGAUAGAUAGUGUAGUUUUCAUGUUACCUCGCUGGCUGGCCAGAGAGCUAAGGACCUUGUUCCUCUCUUUGUGUCUGUGGACAUUUUUACACUCCAGUAUUAAACUCAUCUAGUGGCUGAUUUUAGUCCUCUGGACAUGUGUGUGAAUCCCAUGGACAGACAAACGGUGUGUGUUCACAAAGACACUGAUUCAUUGAAUUGCCAAUGCAUCACAUAAUGGAAGAGCAAUGGAGAUUAUUGUUUUCUCACCAAUUCAGAUGACACUUCUUUUGAUUUUUACUUUUAUUUUUAUAUAUUUUUAUAUGAAAUUAUGAUUUCAGAUUCAGAAAUGCCAUUAUUCCACAUGGAGAGGUUAUUGUUUUUGAGUAUUUGCAUAUAUGUAUAUUUGUAUGUAUGCAGCCUAUGCUAUGUACUGUAUGUGUUUCCUAGGUUUUUAGAGACUUUUGUGACAGUUCUGAUGUGAGUGAGAGGGAGAAUUUUGUGUUUUUAGCAUUAUUUAUAUGAAAAGAGGACUUGCUGCCACAUUUCAAAAGUAGGAAACCAGGCAGCUCACACUAUGCUGUGUUGUUACCUUAAGAAUUUUUCUUUUCUUUUUUUUUGUCAAAUUGUAGAUCAUCCCAAAUCCAAAACAGCAACUGGAUGAAAACCUGUGAUCAAUCUAAAUGCCUGCUUCUCCAGCAGUUCAGCACUCUGUUGUGGUGUGCAGUUAUGCACAACAGCACAUUCCCUUUGUUAUUCAGGGCCAACUCAAUUUGCUGAUCACCUCCGUGUCUUUGAAAGAAAGUGCUUCCUAAACUCAAUUACAUCCGUCAUUAACUUAAAUGCAUUUUACUGUGAAGUUGUUCAUCUCAGUACAACAAAAAUAGCAUGCAAUGAAUAGGCUGGGAUUCUCAUAGGAAAGUGGCAUAACAUGGAGAAAUGUAGCACAUGAGCCAGACAAGUGGGAAGCUAAAGCCUGAUUGCAUUAGCCCUGAUGAAUGUAUUAAGGAUUUAGCAACCAGUGCAGUAUUUAUUUUCCAUGUUAACUCUCUGUUCUGUGCAUUUUAUUUCUAUGAUUCAGUCAUGAUUGUCACCGACAUGAUGAGGUGUUUUCAGGUUCCAUGUGUUUAACUCAUCAUCUGCACAUUCUGUCAUUGUUCAGACCAAGUUUUAGCAGUUUGCUAGUGUAACAAGAGGCAAAAGGUUUUAAGAGUGUCUGUCAUUCUUAUAUGUGUAUUUAUCCUUGUGGCCUGUUUUUAAUAUUUUAGGGUAAUUGCAGUGAUUGGAUGUCCAAAAGAUGGCUUAUACUGUACCUCUGUUCUUUGUUCAGCAUAACCCUACAAAUCGCCUCAUGCAAAUCUGGCACUGUAGCUAAAAGCUACACAUGCCAUGAGCCUAAGUCCAGCACAACAUGCUCUCCACUCAUAAUUAUGCAGUCUCAGAUACAUUUAUGUGUUGGAGGACCUCCAUUUGGAGUUCAGUUUGAGAUGACUGCCAGUGAGUGAUCAGUGGAGCAAUGGCAUAAAAAAGAGCUGUACAUGUAUUUAAAGCAAAUAAUAAAUUCCUACUGAUCUCUUUUGACAAA